UAAGAAAUGAAUUUUUUUUCCUCCUCGACUAGUGUAGUUCGAGAGUUCCAUUCGGUGUGUUGUUCAACUGCGUUUUAGGGCAAAAAGUUUGAAUUGAGAAAGGGAAAAAUGGAGGGUGCAGACGAAGGAGUAGAAAUGGUUGUGGACUCCAAAGACUUGCAGCAGCAGAGCAAAGCUUUCGACAAGCUCACAGAUCGCGUCGAGGAUCGCCAGCUCGAUUCCACUCGCGUCCAAGAGGCGAUGGCAUCAAUUUCUGCAUCUGCCGAAGCGGACUGGAACGCCAUGCGUAUGAGGGAGAAAGAAUUAGCUGCGGUUAAGAUAAACGCUGCAGAUGUUGACAUAAUCGCAAAUGAACUAGAGCUGGACAAAAAGGUGGCUGAACGAACCUUGCGUGAGCAUAAAGGUGAUGCUGUUGCUGCAAUUCGGCACUUGCUUCGCUAAGCGUUGUGGGGAAGUGUUAAUGUUUCCCAAUUUGAUACUUAUCUGGUUGUUUGUUUUGCAUUGAAAUUUGAGUAUCAAAUGAAUUCCAAGACCUUACUUGUUCAGAUAUCUUGUAACCAUAUCAUAUGUGCCAAAAGCAUAGCCAUAUAAGGGAGCUAAGAUCAGCCAAGUUGCUUGCAUUGUUCUGUCUUAUGUUUUAGUGCUGACUGUAACCGUGGCUUUGACGAGACAUGGAGCUCAAUAUAAGAAGUUAGAACCAAUAAACUAAUGCUUCAUGAGGGCUAGGGACAUGGAGCCAGGAGUAGAUUAUGUUAUUUUUUUUUUAUACAUUUUUUUGGCAUUGAUAGUUUGAAGGUAGAUUUUCUAGCUGGAAAUAUGGGGAGUGUGAUUUGAACACAGGGCAUCACCUUAUGGGAGCACCCGUUGGAUCUACAGUGCUAGUUUGUGCUGUGUUAGAGAUGGGAGUAGUUGGUGUCAUAUGUCUCCAUGUUUGUCAUUUAUGUAUGCUCAUUUGCUUGUUUAACAUAUUGCUGCUCAGUCAUGUUCAAUUAACUUCUCAAAUUGAAAACUCUGCACUUUACAUCCUCUUGA